AUGUUGAAAGAUCUGCUGAAACAAUUCUCAUUCUCAUUGGUCAUGUGUAAACACAUACUGAAUGCCCAAGUAGCUAUAAGAGCUCCAUGCUGCAAGAAGUUCUUCGAUUGCCCCCAGUGUCACGAAGAAUCACAGGAUCAUCCCUUGAGGAAGACCAUGGAGAUGGCUUUCAUGUGUAAGAAAUGCAAAAAAGCUUUUAGAAAAGACAUGACGACCUAUGAGGAAUCCGACGAAUAUUGUCCUCAUUGCGAUAAUCAUUAUGUGAUAGAAGCCAAGGAACCACAGGCGAUGAUUGGGGUAGAAGGUGAAGAUGCCAGAAUAGAUGCUAGGAUGAUCAAAGACGAUCGAGUGCGGGAAGAUCCACAGAGGAGUUUAUUCGCUCAGAAGGACGUUUCGGAUAAAAUAGAUACUCCCCUUUGGCAAUUACCUGGAAGGACGUGA